AUGAUUCCUUUGUACCACCGUCUCACUCUCUACUCGGAUAAUGACACGUACAUAUUUGUCCCAGAGGGCACAGAUGCCAGGAAUCUGACAGUCCACCGUUCGUCUGGGGAUAUUGUGCUCAAUGAGCCCCAGACACCCCUCCCAGCCUCAGCUCGCCGCUCUGGCAAAACAGUCUAUGGAAUUAUGGGCCUCAUCUCCCUCUCGCUAUCCGACUACAUUAUCGUCAUUACUGGAAGGGACCUAUUAUCAAGACUAAUGGGACAUGAUAUCUACCGCGCAACCAACUUUGAAGUCCUUCCUUUACGCCCCGGCAUCUCUGUUGACCAGCCGCCUCACGUCGUCGAAACCAAUUUCCUCUCCCUCCUCAACUCGCACCUGCACAGCGGCAACUUCCUCUUCUCCUACGAUUGGGAUCUGACCACUCGACUUCAAGUCCAAUAUCACCGGGCUGCGGAGUCGGAGGGCAAGGCCUUGUGGGAGCUUGCAGAUGACCGUUUCUUCUGGAAUCGUUUUUUGCAAACUCGUUUUAUUGAUUCGGCCACUGCAUCGUCCGACCCGUCAGCAUGGGCUUCGUACAUCCUACCGGUCCUGUACGGAACCUUUGAUUUGCGACCCAUGUUCCUGCAUGGGAGGCAUAUGCAGCUCUGCCUCAUCAGUCGACGCUCGCGUUACCGUGCAGGCACUCGUUAUUUCCGUCGCGGAAUCGACAAUGACGGCAACGUCGCCAACUACAAUGAAACGGAACAAAUCCUACUAGUUGAAGCUUCCGCGGCCUCCGCAGCUUCAGCCAACCCAGAGUCAAGAUACUCUUCCAAGUUCAGCUUCGUCCAGAUCCGUGGAAGCGUCCCCUUGUUCUGGUCGGAAAUCAACACUUUGAAAUAUAAGCCAGACCUCCAAAUCAUGGAAGUCCCUCAAACGAGAGACGCUCUCCGCAAGCAUUUGGACACCCAAGUCAAUACGUACGGCCCUGUCAAAUUGGUCAACUUGAUCAAUCAAAAGGGACACGAAAAGCCAGUCAAAGAUGCCUACGAGCGUUACAUGGCUGAGCUUGACCGACCUGACAUCCAAUACCAAUACUUUGACUUCCACGCCGAAUGCAGGAAGAUGCGUUGGGAUCGAAUCAGCGUCUUGAUUGACAAAAUCAAAGACGACCUCGAGAAGCAAAGUUACUUUGCCUGCCAAGUCAACGAUGAUGUUCAGGUGAACGACCAGACUGGCGUCAUCCGAACGAACUGCAUGGACAACUUGGAUCGCACGAAUGUUGUACAGGCGACCAUUGCCAAAUACAUGUUGAACAGGCAGUUGGUGGAACUAGGCAUCCUCGCUCCCGGUGCUGGCAUUGACGACUAUGAAGCCGUCAGCAAGGACUUCAGAGAGAUGUGGGCUGACCAUGCGGAUGCUAUCUCGGCCGCUUACGGUGGUUCAGGAGCUUUGAAAUCUGACUUCACGAGAACAAACAAGCGGACUCGCAAGGGUAUGCUUGAGGAUGGCGUCAAGUCUGUGACGCGAUACCUCAAGAACAACUUCUUCGACGGUACCAAACAGGAUGCCUUUGACUUGGUCACUGGCACCUGGGUACCCGGGAAGAGUCCUUCAGCGUCUCUGUUCUUGGUGGCGGACCGUAGGCCUCUGAUUAUUCGAUCGAUGCCUGCUGCUGCCUAUUUCUCGCUAUUCAUGAUCUGCGCUGGCAUGACUCUGCCUCGAUCGUCUGACUAUUCCCUCUUCUAUUACUUCCUGCUCUGGUUUACCGUCUUCACCGCCGCUAUGACCUUUAUCCUCAUUCACGGUAUCGAUUACGUCGCAUGGCCGAGGUUGAACCCCUUGACGGAUAUCAUCUAUUACAAUGGACCGGGAUUCCGUUCUGCGCGCAACGGUAUGGGAUGGGCUGGUUCCCAUUCUCAGACGGGCAAGAAAGCUCUCUGGGGAUCUAAUGGCAAGGUUCUCACCGACGAAGUCGAGCUUGGAGGUUUGAAGAAACGGGUGGAUUAG